UAUUGGUUCUCUUUGUGACAUACGUUGACAAACUUUUAGUAACGUGCGUGGUAAAGUUAUUUAAACCUUUAAUAGUUAUUACAAAAGUUAAAAUCAAUAUUAAUUUAACAUAAAUGUUUUUGUGUAUAAAAUAAUGGCAAACCUAGAUCGCAAAGGGACGUUUAAGGUAGAAUACCUUCAAGAAAUUGAGAAGUAUGUUCAGGAACGAUGGGACAGAGAAAAGAUUUUCGAAAUGGAGGCACCGGAUGGGCCUCGUGAAAAAUUCAUGUGCACUUUUCCUUAUCCCUAUAUGAAUGGCCGCUUACAUCUCGGACACACGUUUUCUUUGUCAAAAUGUGAGUUUGCUGCAAGGUAUUUCCGACUGAAGGGUCGGCUGGUACUGUUUCCCUUUGGCUUCCACUGUACUGGAAUGCCUAUCAAAGCUUGUGCUGACAAGUUGAAGAGAGAGAUGGAAUUGUAUGGGUGUCCUCCGGUCUUUCCCAAUGAGGAAUUUGUAGAAGAAAAAGAACAAGGUGACAUAGUACCUAAGGACAAAAGCAAGGGGAAGAAAAGUAAAGCAGUUGCAAAGACUGGGGCAGCCAAGUAUCAGUGGCAGAUCAUGCAGAGUAUUGGCGUGUCAGAGGAAGAGAUCAAGGAGUUUGCCAACGAGAGCUAUUGGCUGGAGUACUUCCCACCGCUGGCCGUAGCUGAUCUAAAGAGGAUGGGAAUUCAUGUGGACUGGCGCAGAAAAUUCAUAACAACUGAUGCAAAUCCAUUCUAUGAUUCGUUCAUAAGGUGGCAGUUUUACCACCUAAAAGAGCGUAAGAAGAUAAUGUAUGGGAAGAGAUACACUAUAUUCUCUCCGCUGGAUAAGCAACCAUGCAUGGACCAUGAUAGGAGCAGUGGAGAGGGAGCGGGACCUCAGGAGUAUACGCUUAUUAAAUUGGAGGUGUUACAACCUUUGCCCAAUGUACUUAAGGCAUUUAAAGGCAAAACAGUAAGUUUUGUAGCGGCGACUCUACGUCCAGAAACCAUGUAUGGUCAAACAAAUUGUUGGGUACAUCCUGACAUCAAAUACGUCGCUUUCGAAACAGUUAAAGAUGGUAUAUUCAUUUGCACAAAACGAGCUGUGAGAAACAUGUGCUACCAAGGGUUCACCAAAACAGAUGGACAGUUUGAAAUUCUAUUAGAAAUUGUCGGACAAGAUCUUUUAGGUAUCGCCCUAAAAUCUCCAUUUACGUGCUAUCCAAAAAUAUACGCUCUCCCAAUGUUAACUAUAAAGGAAGAUAAGGGUACAGGAAUAGUUACUAGUGUCCCGUCGGAUUCGCCCGACGACUACGCAGCUUUAGUCGACUUACAAAAGAAACCAGCAUUCAGAGAAAAGUAUGGUAUUGCUGAUGAAAUGAUUCUCCCGUACAAACCUGUUCCGAUACUCGAGAUUCCCGAAUUCGGGAAUUUAGCUGCAGUACAUUUGUACGAUAAGCUGAAAAUCCAAAGUCAGAAUGACAAAGACAAGUUGACUCAGGCUAAAGAAAUGGUUUAUCUCAAAGGGUUUUACGAUGGAGUUUUAUUAGUUGGAGAAUUUAAAGGUAGCAAAAUACAGGAUAUCAAAAAGAAAGUACAAGCAAAACUCAUAGAAGAAGGGGGAGCGUUGGUUUACUAUGAGCCCGAAAAGACAAUAAUUUCAAGAUCAGGGGACGAGUGUGUGGUAGCGCUGUGCAAUCAGUGGUAUUUGGACUACGGUAAUGAAGAGUGGAAGGCGCAAGCAGAAAAGGCUUUAGCAGCAAUCAACACGUAUCACGACGAAGUUCGGAAGAAUUUCCUAGCGACACUGAAAUGGCUUCAUGAGUAUGCUUGUUCGAGGACUUAUGGGCUUGGAACUAAAUUGCCCUGGGACCAGCAAUGGGUGAUAGAAUCCCUCUCCGACUCUACGAUCUAUAACGCGUACUACACGAUCGCUCACUUCAUCCAAGGCGACACGUUCAGAGGAAACGCCGAGAACGCUCUCAAGAUAAAACCCGAGCAAAUGACAAUCGACGUUUGGGACUACAUAUUUUUCAAAGAUGCUCCGUUCCCGAAAACUACUAAAAUCCCCAAAAAAUCUUUAGAUCUCAUGAAGAAAUCGUUCCAGUUCUGGUAUCCAGUCGACCUCAGAGUAUCUGGAAAGGAUCUUAUACAAAACCAUUUAACGUUCUACAUCUACAAUCAUUGCGCGAUUUGGGAGAAAGAGGAAGACAAAUGGCCAAAAGGGAUAAGGGCGAACGGGCAUCUGAUGCUGAAUUCGGCUAAAAUGUCCAAAUCCGAGGGAAACUUUCUAACGCUUUCGGAGAGUUUGGAUAAAUUCAGUGCGGAUGCUAUGCGGUUAACUCUAGCGGACGCGGGCGACUCGGUAGAGGACGCGAACUUUGUGGAAAAUACUGCUGAUGCGGCUAUAUUGAGGCUGUUUACGUUUAUCGGAUGGGUGAAGGAAAUCAUCACGACGGAAUCUACUCUGAGAACAGGCGACUAUAACUUCCACGACAAAGUGUUCGUGAGUGAGAUGAACACCAAAAUAAAUCAGACAGAUGACAACUACAACAGAAUGCUAUUCAAAGAGGCGUUGAAGACAGGUUUCUUUGAGCUCCAAGCGGCUCGGGAUAAAUACAGGGAGCUUUGUUCCGAUGGAGGCAUGCAUUCGGAGUUGAUGACGCGGUAUAUAGUGACGCAGGCCAAGCUGAUAUCCCCGAUAUGCCCACACGUGGCUGAACAUGUCUGGGAAUUGAUGGGAAAUAAACAAAGUAUCCUCCACGAACGAUGGCCGAUAGCAGGUGAAGUGGACGAAGUUGCCGUCAAAGCCAGCAACUACCUGAUGGAAGCGGCACACUCCUUCCGAAUCCACCUCAAGAACCAUUGCGCGCUGAAGAAGCCCAGAAAAGGAGAGACUCCCGCGCCGGAACCUAAACCGAACAAAGCUGUCAUAUGGGUGGCGAAGGAAUUCCCCAAGUGGCAACAUAUUAUAUUGAGCACACUUAAACAACUUAAUGGGCCCUCAGGCCUUCCAGACAACAAGAUAAUCUCAGCCAAACUGGCAGAGAUCCCGGAACUGAAGAAGUACGUGAAGCGAGUGAUGCCAUUCGUGCAAGCCACUAGAGAGAAUAUGGAGCGAGUGGGCGCAGACGCGCUGUCCGUGGGCCUGCCCUUCGACGAGGCGGCCGUGCUGACUGCCAACCUGCAGUAUUUGCUGCAGACAUUAGAUCUGGAUUCAAUCGAAGUGAAGCAUACAGACAGUAGUGAAGCGCCAGAGAAGUCCCGCGAGGAAUGCGCGCCAGGGUCUCCGCACAUAACAUUCUCGGCCGAGCCGCGCGCCCGUAUCACGCUCGCGAACCCCGCUCCGCGCUCGGGCCUGUUCUCCAUGAGCCUCGCGCUCGCUGACGGGGACACCGUGUCCAAACUCAAGGCCAAGCUCGCCAAGGAAGUUAAGGCUAUCAAAGAUGUAAACUCUCUCAAGCUGUGGAGGUACGCAGACCCCGUGCUCGGGCCGCGCAGGAUCCCCGUCGUCGGGGACCACGAGAGCAGGUGCGUGGUGCUGCACAACGCCGCGGUGUUCCGAGUGGACGUCAGCAGGGAAACCGUCGAGUUGGUGGAUAACGGAACCAACAUCAACGUUGGCGUGCAACUUUUGUAUACUUACGAAUAAGAGUUAAUAAAUAAUUUAUUUAUUUAUUGCAA